CUCGCGCCGAGCGCGCGCGCGCGCGACGUCUCCCCACAUCAUUAAACAACAACAACAACAUCGCCGCCACCGACACCACCGCCGUGUGUGUGUGUAACAUCGUCGGCGACAUCGUCAACAACAACAACCACCCACCCACCCCACCUCCGCCGUCGCCGCCUCCUCCUCCUUCACCUCCACGGCGGUCCGCCUUCAAACCAGUCGCAGUUGUUACAGCGGGCGGGCAGGCAGGCAGCGCUUCGCCUCGUGUUAUCGCGAAGUUUAUGAAUAUUUUUUUAAAAUAUAUAUUUUUUAUUUUAGCCUUCUCACCCCCCCCCCACACACCACCACCCCUUGGGCUCUCUCCCUCCCCCGCCGAUGCUGCUUCAAGCAAUGGCGAAUGGGCUUCAACGUAAAUAUUAAGAGUCUUGAAGGCGGCGCCUGCAGUGGCCAUUGACUUAAUGCAGUUCGCCAGAGCCUCUUCAGUCGGCUUGUCGGGGGCCUUGCAUUGAGAGGGCUGUGACGAGGAAGUGCAAGAGAAGGAGGAAGAGAGACGUGAGAGAUCUCCUGCUGCCAUGGUGCUCUUCAGCGGUUCACUGCGAGUGAGGGUACGGGAGGCGGCCGAGCUGAAACCCACGCCGUGGUCACUCCGGCACUCGGCGCUGGUGCCUGGCAUGAAGGUGACGUCCCGCUCGCAGUCCAGCCAGCAUCAGCAGCACAGCCAGCAGCAGCAACAGCUUCAGCAGCAGCAGCAACAGCAGCAGCAGCAGAGUCAGCAAAACCAACCACAGGGCCAGCCAAACCAGCAGCAACAGCAGCAAUCGGGCCAACAAAAUCAACAGAAUCAACUGCAGCAGAAUCAGAAUCAGCAACAGAAUCAGCAGCGCCCACUGCUGGAUCCGUACGUUGCGCUCAACGUGGACGACUUGCACGUGGGGCAGACGCAGACGAGGCAGCGCACCAGCUGCCCGCGCUGGGAUGAGGAGUUUGUGACGCAGGUGUGCGAGGGGCAGCGCAUGGAACUUGCCGUCUUCCACGACACGACCAUCGGCUACGACGACUUUGUCGCCAACUGCACCAUCUCUUUCGAAGAGCUGCUGCAGAGCGAGAGCCUGCACUUCGAGAGCUGGGUGGACCUAGAGCCAGAAGGCAAGGUGUAUGUCAUCAUUGACCUGACACCCAAGGAGACCAAAGAGCGGCCGGUGUUCCGUGAGCGCGUGCGGCCCCGCAAGAGGCAGGGCGCCGUGCGGAGGCGCGUGCACCAGGUCAAUGGACACAAGUUCAUGGCCACGUACCUGCGCCAACCCACCUACUGCUCGCACUGCCGCGACUUCAUCUGGGGUGUCAUAGGAAAGCAAGGAUAUCAAUGCCAAGUGUGCACAUGUGUCGUACACAAGAGGUGCCAUGAGCUUAUUAUCACCAAAUGCCCCGGCAUGAAGAAAGAAGCCCAGGAUGAAGUGGGAAGCCAGCGGUUCAGCGUGAACGUGCCGCACAAGUUCUCCAUCCACAACUACAAAGUCCCCACGUUCUGCGAUCACUGCGGCUCGCUGCUCUGGGGCCUCCUGAGGCAGGGACUGCAAUGCAAAGUCUGCAAGAUGAAUGUGCAUCGGCGGUGCGAGCAGAACGUGGCGCCCAGCUGUGGCGUGGAUGCGCGAGGAAUCGCCAAAGUGCUCGCUGAGAUCGGGGUCACUCCCGACAAGAUACACCAGUCCACCAUUAAGAAGAAGAAGCUGAUUACAUCGUCGGACUCGCAGACGCCAAGCCCCGGGGUGGUGGCUGCUGACCCAGAGAAAUCUCGGCCGAUUCUGACCUCCCCCGGUGAGGAAGCCUGCACCGGAGCAAAGGAGCUGGAGAGCGGAGUGAAGAAAGCCCUCUCGUUCGAGGCUCCCAGCGAAGGCAAAGCGGCAGAAAACGGUGAAGGGGCCCCUCCCACGACGAACCGCCUCUGCCGCCGCUACGGUCUCGACGACUUCUCCUUCAUCAAAGUCCUCGGCAAGGGCAGCUUCGGCAAGGUGAUGUUGGGAGAACUCAAGGGCACGGACGAGGUUUUUGCCGUCAAGGUCCUGAAGAAGGACUCGAUAAUCCAGGACGACGACGUGGACUGCACCAUCACCGAGAAGCGUAUCCUGGCCCUGGCGCGCAAGCACCCCUACCUCACCCAGCUCUUCUGCAGCUUUCAAACAAGGGACCGGCUGUUCUUUGUCAUGGAGUACGUGAACGGAGGAGACCUCAUGUUCCAGAUCCAGCGCUCCAGGAAGUUUGACGAGCCGCGCUCGCGUUUCUACGGAGCUGAGGUUACGUCAGCGCUCAUGUUCCUCCACCGCCACGGCGUCAUCUACAGGGAUCUGAAGCUGGACAACAUCUUGCUCGACGCAGACGGACACUGCAAGCUCGCCGACUUCGGCAUGUGCAAGGAGGGCAUCCUCAACGGCAUCACCACCUCCACCUUCUGCGGAACGCCCGACUACAUCGCCCCAGAGAUCCUGCAGGAGCUGGACUAUGGCCCGUCCGUGGACUGGUGGGCCCUGGGGGUGCUCAUGUACGAGAUGAUGGCCGGGCAGCCGCCCUUCGAGGCCGACAACGAGGACGACCUCUUCGAGUCGAUCCUGCACGACGAUGUCCUCUACCCCGUGUGGCUCAGCAAGGAGGCCGUGUCCAUCUUGCGCGACUUCAUGACCAAGAACCCAAAUAAGCGGCUGGGCUGCGUGGUGACUCAGGGGGGAGAGGAGGCCAUCAAGCGCCACUCGUUCUUCCGCGAGAUCGACUGGGAUCUCCUUGAGCAGCGCAAGAUCCGCCCGCCCUUCAAGCCCCGCAUCAAAACCAAGAGGGACGUGAACAACUUCGACCAGGACUUCACGCGCGAGGAGCCGCUGCUGACGCCGGUGGACAGCAGCGUCGUGAAGCAGAUCAACCAGGACGAGUUCCGCGGCUUCUCCUUCUCGGAGGACGACGCCCAGUGACCGUCGACUUGCCAGCGACGUGGCGCGGAAUCACUCGGUUGCCCGUCCGCUUGCUCGCUCGCUCGCUCCCUCCCUCCCCCAUCGCUCAAGCGAGGUGGCGUCUGCUCACUGACAGACGUGACGGUGUUGAGAUCUUAUUUAUUUGCAGCAAACAAAAAGUUAGCGGGAAUCGCAGUGAAAUUGAACCCGGGUUGUUGACGGGCAGUUAGCCGGGCGGGGCACGCGAGAGCUCUUCAAGUUGGAGGUGUGUUACUUGCUACCGGAGUCCUUAACGAUUCUCGUUAAAAAAAAUUAUUUGCUCGCUAUAAAAGUAAUAUUGCUGAUGCAGCGACAAAAGAAUACUAAUUAUUUAUUCUUUACUCCUGUCCGUAGACCGUGUAAGCGUCUACCUUUGCACGGAAAACAAAACAAAAAACGGACGACGGCUCUGUUACUGAUGUGCGCGACUCAAAACGCUCCAAUGUGUUUGCGUGAAACGUUCCGAGGGGGGCGUUCUGUUUUCCCUCACAGUUAUUUUAAUUGUAUAGUGUUAGUAGCAAGCAAACGCGCGUGCGUGUGCGUGUGUGUCUCCUCCGGUAAAAUAUGCGUCUCCUGGCGGUUUAAAAAAAAAAAAACAGAUUGAUGGGCGCAAAAGCACCGCAGAAACGCAUCUCGCUGUAAAACUGACACAAUUAACUAUUUAAAAUAUUUAUGCGAUUUUAUUUUAUGACACCCCCCCCCCCCUUUUUGUAAGCAGGAAACUUGACCCUGAAGUGGAACGACGUGUGGCGGUUGCCUACCGUGAUCGGUUGGGGAGGGGGAGGAUGGUUACACUGUAUUAUAAAAAGUCUUGCCAUUUUACACUCAUCAUUUCGUUCGUGGUGUGGCACUCCAGAGCAGUAGUGUUGUGUUACAGAGUAGAUUGUAGUUAGGAAAGUAGGGGGGGGGGUAGAGGUGGGUGGUGUGGGUGGUGCGGGUGGGGGCGCUAUUUUAAAAUCCCACCACCCACUCCCACACCCACCCGUGCCUUUACCUCCACCCGCAACCUCCGAUUAGCACGGUUGGCUAUGCACGGUCCGAAAGAAGUUCAGCGUGCGUAUCCGUACAUUCAGUGUAGUAACUCGGCACGUAAUUGCACGAAUGAAUUUUAAUGCGUCGGCUUGGAAACGUGACGUUUUUAACAACAAAAAACACCGAGGGUGUUCCGAUGAAGUGAAUUGACGGCAGUAUUUCUUCUCUCAUCCACCGACGUUUUUGCACGCAAGUUUUUGCACGCAAGUUUGAUUUUCCACCUUGAAAAAAAAAAUCUUAAUGAGAUCUCCGCUUAAAUUCCACAUUAACCCCCUCCUCUGAGUGGCGUGCAGAUGGUGGGAGAGUUAUCGUGGUUUUUUUUUCGUAGUUUUUUACAUAUAUAUUAUUUUAAAUUAACGCUUACUCGUAGAGUUAUUAGUCGACACUUACGUAAAAAUCAAAUUUCUUCGUUGCGUACGUCAUUUUGUUACUCUCGAAAAGACGCGCGGCGUCGUGCCGCGCUGGUUGUCAGCCUUUGCCCGCCAGACGAAAACGGGGCUUCUGUAAGUGGCGCAUGACGGUAAUCGGUGGUUUCGUGGGUUAUGUAACUGUGAUGUAAACGUACCUGUCGCUCGCCGACAGACAGACAGGCGAAACCGUGUGGGUUUUCUGGAGAGCGUGUUUGGUAUGGAUGGUGUGGGCUUAUUGACGUGACACUGUGGUUGUGGUUUCACCAGCUGCUUGUUUUAGGCCAGCAAACCCAUGCUGUUUAGAACCCCCCCCCCCCCCCCGGAAUGUGCUUGUUCCGGAAUGUGUGUGUUUUAAGGGUGCUGCGUACAGUGCAAGGACCACUUAGAGAAUACAGGUUCUCUUUAAAGAUGAAAAUUCACCAGAAUGAUAGUGUUCACGCAUGAUAUUUGAAACAAGCUUUUUGAUGUAUUGAUUUUAUUUAAAUUAUCUGUGCAUGCACAAUUCACUCCACUGCUGGACUGGAGCCCUCCCCGCAACACGUGGUUCGUGGGGGGCCUAUUUGUCCACACUUGAUGUUGGUCAGCGAGGGUUGGCGAAUGCGGGGAGCAUAACCAUUGGGGCAUAGUGCAGUACAACAAUGGAAGUUGUUGCACUGCCCUCUGCUAUCCAUAUUGUGGCCUCACAGCAGACCCAGGAUACCCGAUCCAUGCAUGGUGAUCGCCCAUCCAAGCACUAACCAGAUUCAAAUCCUGCUUAGCUGCUAAAAUCGCAUGAGAUCAGCUGCAUUCCUAGUGAUUUGGUCACCGGAUUAAUUGUUUUGUUGUCAGCCCCCCCCCCCGCACCUCCAAUUAGCACAGGUGCGAAAUAAGUUCAACAUGCAUCUAAAUAUUUGGCUUUUGCAACAACUACAACAAGAUUAUUCCAAUAACACGCAAGCCAAUAUGUCAAAAGAACUCCUGUACUCGUGGAAUCUUCUGUUGUUGCCGACCAACAGUUCCGCUAAUGCGCACACACGUGAACUGACCGUAUUAUUUAUUCCACCGUGAGCCAGCCGAUUAAGAUAACACUUUUCAAGAUGAAAGGAAGGAACCCCCUCCGAUUUAUUAACCGUUCUGUGCAAUUAUGUCGUCGGUCGCUUGGCCGAUAAUGUCUCCCGAGUGGCGGGCGGGCGGGCGGUGGGGGCGUCGUGAUGGAUUUGUUGACGCUUUGACAGUUCAGCGUUUUUUGAAGGCCCCCGACCCACCUUUCGCCGGCCCCACCACCGAUGAAGGUCUCUCGGACGGCGGGGGGGGGGGCACGGCGUUUGUAUCAACACCACGGUUGGAGAUCCGCCAUUCCCUCGCCGCUUCGUCGUAACGUCGCGUCACGUCGCUGCAUUGGCAAGUUGUUUAAACCGCGAUCCCCGCGUGAAGUUUGCAACGUUGAGGCGGUGGCCCCUCCAAUUGCCGGUCCAAUCGAUUCCCCCCCCGCCACCCCCCUGCGGCUGCUGUCUGUUUACGGAACUCAGCUGCCGUUACGUCUUUCUGUUUUAUCAUUCGGGGGGGUUUUGUUGUUUUUGAGGGUCAACGUAUUUACACGGCGCACCGAGGUGGAGGAGGAAGAAUAAGAAAAAAUAUUAAUAAUCGUUAAUCGCGGGACGGCUUUUGGACAACGAGGCUCUUUGUUUUCCCCGUGAUAAUUCACGUCGCUUAGCUCGGGUCACAUUGAGCGGCGAGUUGCACACAGAAGGGGUGUUUGGUGGGGGGGGGAGCAAAGAAGUCCGUUGUGUAUGUGCGCGUAGAUUAGACAGGUCGGCAGGUCUUAUGAGAGGUCUUAUCCAGGGUGCGUGAUUAGUGUGCCCCGGUUGCAUUUGUGUGUUUUUGUUUUGUUUUUGUUACACUCGAUAACAAACACUCCUCAACGUCGGUGAAUGCAAUUGCAUCCCGUGUGCCCGUCGCGUCCCCAUCGCCGUCGUGGUGGGUAUGUGUGCGCAUUCGGAGUUUAAUGCAGAAAACGACGACGAAAAACUAUAAAAUCAAGCAAUCAAGCGACCUACAGAAUGUUCCGUUCACUUUUGACAUUAUUUUUUUAUUUCGUCUGUGUGUACACGGCUACACAACAAAGACACGUGUAUCAACAUUGAGUCGGCGUUUUAUAUAGCAAAUGUUCAACAUGUGCACAUUUGUUAUAGCUUAUGACCCAGUCUUUAUACACGCUGUAUAUAUAUAAUUAUGUCAUUGCAGGUUGAAAAUAAUUGACAAACCUUGUCAUUAACUCUCCCUUAUAACUAACGAAUGUAGCAGCGUGUCAUAAGUUGCUGUAUAUUUUCAGUUAUAAGUGUUGACUGACGCUAAUAAUAACAGCAGUGGUAAUGGACCUCGUCUUCUGGUUACACGCCACUGGGCAGGCAGUUUCUCAAAGAAAGACUGAACCCAUGAAACAAAUCGCCCGUAUAGCCACACACCUCGGCUGUGCAUGCCUUUUGCGGUCCCACUUAACUUGACUUUUACGCUUCAUUGGUGAGUUACAAAAGGCUCUAAAAGUGACUUGCGGGUGACCCAACCCUAGGUGUGUAGCUACACGACAAGAGCCCCUCGUGGUUUGUGUCUUCACUUUAACCGAGUUCUCUGCAGUGUCUGCUGCCACUUGCUCUGCACGAAAUCCAUGCAGAGUAUUGCCUCUAUAGCAGGAUUUGUGAGCAGUUUAGCCCGGCGCGCUUUUGUCGUAAGAGUCUGCGUGCAUGGCUGGCGUUGAGCCAAUAAUGCAUGUGGUAUAUGUGCCUAUAUUGUGGCACGCACAAGUACGCGCGCGUGUGUGUGUAUACACGUGCGUGACGCACGUACGCCGAACACAGAUGCAACUCCCCCCCCCCCCAAAAAAAAACGAAUCGUUCAUGUAGGCGUGUGUACCGACUCUUGCCUUGCAGGAGUCUGACCACUUCAUUAAUAAGAAGGAAAACAAUGCUCUCAAGUUUCUAGCAAGUCCAUCGCCGUAGCACUUCCGUGACAUCAGUGCGCGUUGAUGAAGUGUCUGAUGUGACGAUAGCUUGCCGCAGCGACGCACAUGAUCGUAACUGUGUAACUCUCUCGUGCGUGAGUUAUUAGAAAACAAAUUCUGAUGAGAUGUCGGCGGUGUGAAAGUGUUCUCGUAUAACUUUAUAGCAGUCGGAUAUCCACUUGUUUCGUAGUUGUCCCCCCCCCCCCCACAUUGGACACGCAUUGCACAAGAGGGUUAAAGUGUUGUUUUUUUUUUUCAAUAACAUUUUUUCACAACGCUACGCAUUCGUAUCGGACGCACAGCCUAGAUAUUUAUGUACAAGAUAAGAGCCGUUUGUGGGGUUUUUAUUUAGUGUUAGGUCGCAACUUUAAAGAGACUCCGUUUGUUCGUGAGAAAAGUGUCGCUUCCGUGUUGGCUCGCACGCUCAAUGAAUGGCUCGAUUGUGGGUGCCGUAGACGGUGGCUCUUCGCCGUCUUACCUACACGGAGCUUACCUUGUCUGCCGUACAUCAACAGCAGAGACGCAGAAUCGCCGCCGUCUCGCCGCGCGCAUCCUCUGCUAUUCCGAGCAUGCAUUACUAAAGGAGCCUGCUGCUGCCGGCGCUGUAUAUUGACAAUGUAACUGUUGCCUCCACUGUCAGUAUUUGUGAUAUCUUAAUGCAGUGUUCCCCUCGACAUUUCUCUAGCGACCCCACAUGUGCCCCCCCCUCCCUUAUUCCCCCACCCCAUCUUAUUUCUUCCCCGAGAAAAGUAUGUCCGUCGCCCCCUGUUAUUAAUGGUAAACAAUCAAUUCACGUAUAUAGCUGUGUAUCAUAUAAUUACAUUAUAUAUGCAUAAUGAUACGUGUUUGAAGUCGCUGCGUCGAGUGAAAUAUAAAUAUAUAAAUUUAAUUUCCUCCGUGUCUCUCUGGCUUAAAAAAAAAAUCUAAUGUUUGUUGUACAGUUCCUCCCCGUACCCCCCCCCCCCCAUAUUAAUAAGAUCGACUCCCAUGCAGGUGUGUAUUGAAUAUGUGUGAACAUAAACAUCGUGUGUGCCGCUGUGUAAACGUGUUCCACGUAUAUCUACUGUGACUGUUCAAUAAAUAAAUG